ACGACAGUGGAGUCCACAACGUUGCCAGCUCAAUUACGGUUUUCUUUUUAGAAUCUUCUGCCCAAUGCCACUGUAACAUGCCCGGAAGGACAGCCGUAAAGCGUUGUGGUUAAGGAGGUCAUUGGAAAGUGAGCUGUUUGCUAGCUACCUGGGCCGGUUCGGGGGGACAGAAAGACGCUUUAUUGCUACAUUGGUAUCAGACAUUCUGUUACCUGAGUAGCUCAAACUGAAUCUAAAAGCUGUUUCAGCGACUAAACUUAUAAAGACGAAAUGCUCCGUCUGGUCCUGCGGCUGAGGCCGUCUGCAGGGUUGCCUCGGUCCCGCGGUGCCCAACCUGAGCUUGCCCAGAGCUCUCGUCCCGUUCGGGGACCCUGUCAUCUGAGGCGCUACCACGGCUCUGUCCGGUCCAGGGCUGUUUGCAGUGGAGGUCGUUUCAACACGGUCUUCGCCAGCAGAGCCCUGCUACAGCCCGCCAUGGGAGCCCAGACACAGCGCUUCUACAGCCUACCACCGCACCAGAAGGUGGAGCUUCCUGCUCUGUCCCCCACCAUGCAGACUGGAACCAUCGCUCGCUGGGAGAAAAAGGAGGGAGACAAGAUCAACGAGGGAGACCUGAUAGCAGAGGUGGAGACUGACAAGGCCACGGUGGGGUUUGAGCUGUUGGAAGACUGUUACCUGGCCAAGAUCCUGGUACCUGAAGGAACUAGAGACGUCACCGUGGGAGCAGUCAUCUGCAUCACCGUCGACAGUGCUGAUCUGAUCCCGGCCUUUAAGGACCUGACAUUGGAGAAGCUUGCUGCUAGCUCCGCCUCUUCUGCGGCUGUCCCUCCCCCUGUAGCAGCCCUGCCCCCUGCUCCCUCCCCCGGAAGCUCCCUACCCACUCACAUGAAGGUGUGUCUGCCAGCCCUGUCUCCUACUAUGACCAUGGGGACAGUGCAGCGCUGGGAGAAGAAGGUUGGAGAGAAACUCAGUGAAGGAGAUCUACUGGCGGAGAUAGAGACCGACAAGGCUACCAUCGGGUUUGAGGUGCAGGAGGAGGGUUACCUGGCGAAGAUCAUGGUGUCUGAGGGAACGCGUGACGUUCCUCUGGGCGCUCCUCUCUGCAUCAUCGUGGAGAAGGAGAGUGACAUCGCUGCCUUCAGUGACUACGUAGAGACAGCAGGGGCUGACGUCUCCACCCCACCCCCCGCCCCGGUUGCAGCCCCAACUCCUGCAGCGCCCCUCCCUAGCCCAGCCCCCGUUGCCCCAGCAACCCCCAGGAAAGGGCGUGUUUUCGUCAGCCCGCUCGCCAAAACGCUCGCUGCUGAGAAGGGCAUUGACCUGGCCCAGGUCAGCGGCUCUGGUCCUGAUGGUAGAGUCACCAGGAAAGACAUUGAGACCUUUGUCCCUCCCAAGGCUGUCCCUGCUGCUCCAGUGUCAGCUGCUCCUAGCCCUGCCUCUACUCCCUCCCCAGCCGUUGCCGUGUCAACAGGCACCUUCACCGACAUCCCCAUCAGCAACAUCCGACGGGUGAUAGCCCAGAGGUUGAUGCAGUCUAAACAGACCAUUCCCCACUACUACCUGUCUGUUGACGUCAACAUGGACCAAGUCCUGGAACUACGCAUGGAGCUCAACGCUGAGGUAAAGGCCCAGAACAUCAAGCUGAGUGUGAAUGACUUCAUCAUUAAAGCCAGUGCUCUAGCCUGCCUUAAGGUCCCUGAAGCCAACUCCUCAUGGCUCGACUCUGUUAUCCGACAGAACCAUGUGGUGGAUGUGAGUGUGGCGGUGAGUACACCCAACGGUCUGAUAACGCCCAUCGUGUUCAAUGCCCACACCAAGGGACUGGCUGCUAUCAGCUCUGAUGUCUCAGCCCUGGCUGCCAAGGCCCGCGACGGGAAACUACAGCCGCAUGAGUUCCAGGGAGGCACGUUUACCAUCUCUAACCUGGGAAUGUUUGGCGUCAAGAACUUCUCAGCCAUCAUUAACCCUCCCCAGGCCUGUAUACUGGCAGUAGGGGGCUCAGAGAAGAGACUGCUGCCCGCUGACAAUGAGAAAGGGUUUGAUGUGGCCAGCAUGAUGUCGGUGACGUUGAGUUGUGACCAUCGCGUGGUGGACGGAGCGAUCGGAGCUCAGUGGCUCGCAGAGUUCAGGAAGUUCCUGGAGAAGCCUGUCACCAUGCUGCUCUGAUUGGACAACUCUCUCACCAGGCCAAGCUGUGGUUGGCUGCAGCCGUCGGCAAGCUGAUCUGAUUGGUGGAAACCUUUUCAUCAUGCUUCUGUGAUUAGCUGGCCCACCACAAUGACACUUCCCCUUAAAGGGGUGAGGCAGGACUCACUCCCUUCCCAGAGUAUAACACCCCUCCCCAUCUCUCUCUUUAUUUAUUGCGACCAGGUAGUUACAGUUUAGACCAGAAGCCAUAAUGUCACUCAUGUUUAUAAAGGGAACUGUUACAGACCCACCCCUGUGUGUGUGUGUACAAAGAGUAUUGGAGAUUGUGUUUAAAAGCCAAAGUAAGAUGUAGAAUGCCCCCUAGACUCACUCACAUGCCCACUGCAGAACCAUAUGUUGUGAACACAUUGACAGUUCUGCUGGUUGUAUGUUCUCCCUUGUAGUUUGUUCAUUGAUUGAUUGGCCAGAGUUCACACACCUAUAUUAAGUCUUCAGAGGGGAAGAUUGCCAACCGGCCAUGCUGCUUAUCUCCAGGUGUGGAGUUGAUCUAUUGGUACCUUCUAUAAUGCUGUAGGAUUGGUGGAAUCUUCAUUUACAGAGUGGGAGAGGCUUUAUUCAUGACAUCACUCCUGACUAAGCUCUCUGCCAAUCCCCUUCUCCAGGACAUGUUCUUGUUUUCUAACCCUUGAUAAAGAACAUUCUAUUUACAUGACAUCAUCUGUAAACAAGUGAAACUGGAUAUAUGGUUUCCAUGGAAAUUACUGCUGAAUAAAUGGAAAUGAGUCCAAAUGA